CAGAGGAACCUCUUGCGUCUAACUGAAACUUUGUCACUUCACUUCCUCUUCUGGUUCGAUUUAUAGAAGCACCAUCAUAACUUUUUGCUGUUGGUUUCACAGUUUCUCAGCUCUUGUCACAGAAAUGGACAGCGUUCAAGGUGGUAAAGCAUUUGGUUUUCUAAAGUCUCAGCAGGAAGAAAAGCUAACCUCUAUCAAUGAGGCUUUUCUCACAGAUCCUAAAUAUGAAGGAGAGGAAGAUCUGGCCUCAAAGCUUGAAAUGUUUAAAAAGAAAUACAUGGAGUUUGAUCUCAACGACAAAGGGGAAAUAGAUAUAAUGGGUUUAAAGCGAAUGCUGGAAAAGCUUGGAUUGGCCAAGACUCACCUGGAGCUGAAAAAAAUGAUGUCAGAGGUGGCUGGAAGCAACACAAAAGACACUAUCAGCUACAAUGACUUCCUCAAUAUGAUGCUGGGAAAGAGAAAUGCAAUUCUAAAGCUGAUCUUGAUGUUUGAAGGCAUGGGAAAGGAAGAAGAGCAGAAAGAGGCUGGACCACCUCGUCGCAAAACCUUUUCAGAUCUGCCCUGAAAGAUCUCCCCAUCCCAGCGGAAAUCAAUCAACAAGCCUUUUUUGUAGACUGUAAAAUCAACUAAAGGUAUUGUUGUGUCAACGGGAAGAAAUGCAGUGUUUGUGCAGUGAAAUGUGCAUGUUUCAUGAAGUAAUGUGAACUAGCCUACAUGUAUUGUUUUAGAAUGUUUGGUUAAGUAGUCUAACAUUGUGAAAUGUACAAGGAAGUGGCAAAAUGUGAUAACUGUGUUUCAUAUUAGCAGAUCAGUCUUUCUAGAAACACAAGUUCAUUAAAAACUACAUGC